AUGGAUGCUGAGAGGGUCAGUCAGGAAGAAAAUGCGGCACAAGCGGCACGAAGAAGGAAGCAAGCAGAGAGAUACUUUCGUGCAGAACAAGAUGCGGACUCGCUGUACUUCGAUGCAGAUCAAGCAGCCAAGGAAGACAAGGAAAUCACAGAUGACAUGACCUUGCAGGAGCUGAAAGAACUUUCUGAAGGCGUGAGAGAAGAGAGGCCAGAAGCUCAGAUGGUUGAAGUUCCAGAUGCACCUUCGAUGGAGGAGCUAGAACAACACCGAGUGCAUCAUGCCAACUAUGAGCCAUGGUGUCCUAGUUGUGUGGCAGGACAAGGUAGAGAGAAACCUCACAGGAGGAACAAGAAGGAAAAGCAAGAACACGUGGUUUACUCGGACUACAUGUUCUUCACGAAAGAAGGAAUGAAGGUCAGUGAGCCAACCGAGGCUCAAAAGAAGAACAAGGAGCUGGUCACAGUUUUGACAGCAACUGACCAGGACAGCCAGGCACCAUUUGCUGUUGUUGUUCCAAGCAAAGGCGGGGCAGCAUACGCAGUGGGAGCGAUCUCGGCUUGGGUCAAAGACUUGGGUUGGGACAAGGUCACCAUCCACACAGACCAAGAGAACUCUUUGAACCAUCUGUACGAAAAGGUGAAGGACAAGCUGGGCAAUGACAAGGUGCAGCUUCGUAAAUCACCCAGGUACAGUUCGGCUUCAUUGGGCUCUGGGGAGAUGGUGAACGGACUGAUAGCCGGAAAGAUCAGGACAUGGCUUGUUGAUUUGCGAGAAAGGUACGGCAACGAUGACAUUGACAUUGGCCACGUGUUGUUUCCAUGGAUCGUGAGGCACGUUUCGUGGAGCAUGGAGAGGUUUCACGUGAACAAGACGAAGACGACGGCGCACAGGAUCUUGAAGGGACAUGAUUACCUGGGAGAACUCUUGCCGAUGGGCGAGACCGUCAUGGCAAAGUACCCCAACGUGAAGGACAGGGCGAAGAGCGACUCCAGAUGGGUGAAAGGCAUCUAUGCUGGAAAGACAACGCAGUUGGACGAGCACAUAAUCCUCACAGAAGCAGGGGCAGACACUUUCCGCACAGUGAGAAGGUUACCGCUGGGCUCACAGCAUCAGCUGGUCGUUCUUGAACAGGCAAGAGGUGCACCCUGGAACACUGUGGAAGGCAUCGAGAAGGCGAAGCCAGAGGGCAUCCGCUCCAAAGUAGACGUGAGACAACUGCAGGAACCCAUCCUCGAAACAGAAGUAACUAGAGGGUCGGGAUCCGCGGGUGACAUUGCGCCACGUGAGCGGGAGAUACCGCCGGUGUUUGUGCCAGCGCCGAAAAUCUCCGGGCGCAGCAUCGAUCCGGACGGGUUGACGUGCCAAGACUUCAAGAAGAAGCAGAGCCCUGAGGAACGACUCAGCUCCUCGCAGGGCACGAAUUUCUGUCCGUUGAUGGCAACAUCUAUGGAAGACAAUCUGCAGCAGCUCAAUACCGGGAUCGACCUGAGGCAGUCGCACGCAGCAAGGAACUCCAGCGACGAGCAGUGCAGAGGUCGCAAGGGAGUGCGAUCAAUUCAGAAGUGUCAGCUUUGUGGCUGA